UUUGACAUUUUGACCUCAAAAUCAUUUAAGUAUCUUCCUUAGUCCAUAUGGAGUUGUGUAGAUUUUCAUUGCAAGAGCUCAAAGGCUUCUCAAGAUAUCUCAUGGAAACAAAAGUGUUAGAGACAGAAAUACAGACAGACUGACAGACCAAAAUAAUAUCACCAAAUUUCAGUGGAGGACAGCUAAUUUAUCUCAUAUGACUUACACAUUUGCCAGUAUAAUCAAUUAAUCAGUAUAUAACUCAGUGUAACUGAGUGUGUAUGUGCAAGUUUUCUUUUUUAGGAUGGAUGCCUCAGAAGAUGAUGGCUCCAUGGCAAGACUUAUAAAUGAUGAAAAUAUAAAUCCAAAUGUUAAUAUAAAGGUGAUUCAUGAGGAGUUUGCAGAUCCCCAUCUCUGCAUUUUUGCUGUUAAUGACAUCAAAGAUGGUGAAGAAAUCAGAUACACUAUGGAAAGAAUGUUGAUUUUUCUUGGUGAAAAAAGAAAAUAUAUGAUGAUUGACAACACACAGGGUGAGCAGUCUGUUCUGAAUGAGGAAAAGCUGAGAUGCAUAUCAAAAUGCAAUAGUGUCAAUCCUGAGUUGUCCACAGAGAGAACCAGUGUUGUUUCACAGACAACUAAUGAACAACUUUGUGAGGACUCCAGCAAUGGUAAUGUAUUUGAUACAUUGAUAUGAUUCACUGUAUUGUUUAUCUGUUAGUCCAUGAGGCCAUUAUUUUCAGAAAAAAAUGUCCACAUGUAAAUGUAGAGCAAUUGGUUUUGUCUAAAGUGUGACCAAUAUUAUAGGGUUCAUGUUCUUGACAUGUUAAAAAAGUGUUGGUAUAUUUGAUAAUUGCAGGCCCUCUAAUGUGGUUUAAUGUAUGUGACGCAAUAAUUCAGGUACAUGAUUUAGA